AUGAACUCAAAGCGCACAUUGUCCGACGUGGAUCGACGGCGUCUCAGGGCAGCGAACGAGAUCACGAGCAACUUAAGUGCGAUGGCCGCACAGGAGCUCCCACAAGAUGGUAAGUAUCCGAAUUCUCAUGAGCAGGGAAAGAAGCGCAAGAUCGUAUCUCAGGAGCCGUUCGACGCACGCAGAAACUACGUUCAUAAGCCACCGCAGUUCAUGCAUGAGGAUAGACCUAAUAUUGACGAGGCAGAAUUGCAGCUCUUGAUAGUUGAGUCCCAGCGCCUCGAUUUUGAGGUUAGCAAGUGGAAGCAACAGCAAGCACUAAGGCGCGAGACAUUGCAGCUAAAGAGUGAAGAGAUCUCUUUGAAAGAAGCGACGACUAAACAGAAGCAGGAAACGCAAAUGAUGGAAAUUCGGGCAAAGGUUUUUGAUGCGCUCGAAAAAGCAGGUAAAGGACCUGAUGAGGUAAAUGAGUAUUUUGCACUUCUUCAAGGCUGA